AUGCGAGGUCGGUCGUGGGGCCUCUGUUUCCAAAGGGGGCCCCACGGGGGGUCCCCCGAUGUUGCUGCUUGGCGGGUCCCCCCUCGAAUUCCGCUUUCGCUGCCUUCUCUGGCUUCAAUAGUCACUGUGUACAGGGCUGACCUCUCAGUUUCUCAGUCUCGUACGGCUGCAGCUUCGCCUCAGCAGCAGCGCCAGCCUCAGCAACAACAGCAAGGGCAGCAGCACCAGCAUUGUUUUGGCGGCUACGUUGCCGUAAAUUGCCUUUUCCGGGGCAUAAGGGAGGCUGACGAAGAGCGUGGAACCCCAUCGUCCCCAUUUGCUCUCCAGUGCCUCUUUUCCUCCCUGCGGAAGGGCCCCAGUGGCCCUAACUCAUCGCCCGCGCCCGCCUGUCCUACGGGGGCCCCUGAGGGACAGGGUGCCGAUUCUGCAACCCCGCGUGCGGAAAGGUACAGAGGAGCUGGCGCCGGUAGUUCAGGGGGGCACACAUGGGUCGCAAGGGAGCCUCCCUGGGCUUCACGGUGGCCACCCUGGGCUGCAAGGGGGCCUGCAUGGGCGUCUCCUGGGGCUGUUUUAGCUGCAGGUGCUGCCGAAACAGCGCGUGCCAGUGGAGGGGACGCGGCGUACUGGGGCCGUGUUGCACUGCAGGCAGCGGAGCUAGGUUCUUCGCUAUCUCCGGCGGAAUUGGCGGUGCUGCUGCAUGCGCUGCUCAAGACGGGGCGCUGCCCUGAGGACAACCUCAGGGUGUCUGUCGCCUGCCUUGCGGCUCGGGCAGAGACGCAUAUGCAGUGCUUCAACUCGCUACAGCUGGCGCAGGUGCUGUCUGCCUUAUCAAGGACCCCUGUGUGUUUGGGCCCGUCACUUCUGCGUGCUGCGCGCCGUCGCGUCCUUACGCUGCUGGCUGCAGGGGGGUUCGAACAGCUCUUCGAAGUGGCGAUGGUCUUAAAUGCUGCAGUUAAGUUGCGGAUGGCGGAUACGGAGCUUCUGGAUGCAUUUGCUGCUCAUGUGCAGCGGCUGAUCAGGCGAUCCCGUCUUCCCGUGAGGGACUUGGCCGUGGUGGCUCAGAGUUUUGCAUGCGCUGCCUAUACAAACGCGAAGCUGUUUGCUUCUGUUGCAGAGGAGGCAGAGAAGGGGCUUGGGGAGGCAACCGUCCUUGACAUGGCUCGGCUGCUGCAGGCCUUCGCAGGUGCCGCUGCGCAGCGCCUCUACGGCUCUCCAGAGGCGGAAGAGCUAACGCCUUGCUCCACCCACCUACAGCAUGCAGCAAUAGAGCCUAAAGCAGCAGCAGGCGCCGGACCGUCGACGGCAAGAUGCAGCACUAGCAGCACCAGCAGCAGCAACAUUAGCAUCAGCACUAGAAGCAGCAGUAGCAGCAGCAACAGCGGGGAUUGUGCGUAUGGUGCCCCUCACAAGCGUCUGUUCUCUGCGUGUGUGGAAACCGUCUCUGAGCGCAUAGGCUUUGCCUCUCCUGGGGAGUUGGCAGUCGCAGCGCAGGCCUGUGGCUUAGCACUGCUGCAGUGUCAAGGGAAAGACGCUGAGGCGCUUCGGAUUGUCUUGCAGCAGAUCAGGCGGGCAACUGUCUCCUCCCUGUCCCUGUUGAUGCCGCAGCAGCUCGGGACAUUGCUGCAUACUUUUGCUCGCUGGAGCCUCCCUUUCCCUCCUCGAGAUCUCCUCAAGACAAUCCGACGUCUUCAACAGUUUUCACCCACAGCCACAGCGCCGCUUUGCACCGCUGUGGCAGCCACGGUGGGCCCCCGUGCUGGCCCUGCAGACGAAGCUGGUGGUGCUGACCCUGCUGCUGCUGGGGGCUUUCAGUGGCACCCAGUGCUCUCUGCAGUCGCUGCUUCAGUUCCGCUCGACAGCAGCACGCGCCUCAGCUGUCUCCAUUCAGUUGGUCUCCUUUUGGGGCCCUGCGCUGCUGCAGUCGCUCAAGGAGGCACCGGCUCUGCUCUCUGCAGCAGCGGGUGCCCCGCCGUUCAGCAGCAGCCAUUGCAGCAGCGACCGGGGGAAGCACAGGCAGCUCUCUCAGGGGACUCAUGCAGCAGCGUACCCACAGUGCAUGCAGCAGCGUCUCAUGAGAGCGGCAAGGCUCCAGUGUCCCAUGAGGGCCCCCGCCUGCCCGGCGCGACGGAAGGAGCUGCGGAGGCUCUCGCAGCAGGUGAACGUUUGUUUGAAGAUUGGAUGGCUGCUGUAUUUUUGGACCUUUUUCGGAGAUCACAGCAGGAUAUGAGUACAGACAGAGACUCACGUGGAGACGGUCGUUUCUCCACACCACCACAGAACGCUUCUGUGCCGGCCCCGGGGGUACAACCUGUCCUGAGGAUAGCGGAGACUCUGGCAAACUGCAGGGGCCUCUGCCCAGCCAGCAGCUCCGCCCUCAGGCCACAGGCCACACAGACAGGAGGGUCGCUGCGGGCAUGCAUGUUGUUUCCCAGCAUGAGGAGGUUCCUAGGGCCGCUGCAGCAACUGCUAUUGCAACGGCGUGCUGCUCUGGACCCUUGCAGUGCUGCUAAGCUGCAGCACUUGUUCAGGGCCCUUGGCUUUGAGGACGAAGAUGACAUCCUCUUGCUGCUCCAAGAGACGGCGUCGUCUCAGUCUUCCGCUGCAGCGAAGCCCGCAGCCCCACCUGGCUUAGGGUCCCCAGAGAGGUGGAGCAGGGAAGUCAGACACACACCUUCCUAG